AGGAGAGAGACGCACACAACCACCACGAUGGCGUCACCGCAUGGGGGAGCGAGCCCGAUGCAGGCGGCCAUGAUGGGCGUGGCGUCGGGCAACGCGGCAGCUGGGCCCUCGAAUCUGGUGGCUGACCAGCUCAAGUCGCCCGACGACCUGGCCAAGAUUGCAGCGCUGCGAAAGAAGCUGCAAAAGGAGCAGGCCUCGCUCUCGGCCAAGCUCAAGACGGGCGCAAAGGACCAGCUCGAGGCUACGCGGGACGGCUUGCUCAAGCUUCAGGCGACCAGGAAGGACGUGGCCGGUAUCCGAGAGGCAUUCGCAGAUGUCGAGUCGCUCUGCGGCGACGCAGUCGAAGGGAACGAAGGUGCUGGCGUCGCGGCAUCCUCCUCGUCGAGAAAGUCAGUUGCAACGACAAAGAGCUUCCGCGUCAUUAGCCAAGUCUCGCAGAUCCACCGAAACUUUGUCCAGACGGCCACCACACUGGACCGCCUAUCGAAGCUGCCAGCAAGAAUCGAGGCGCUGGCAGGCAUGCUCGAACAGGCGCAGUCAGACCUCUUUGGCCCCGCAGAAGAGCUUCUACCGCUCCACUACCACAUCAGCAACCUCGAGGUAUUUCGAAACGAGACCUUACAGCUGGGUCGGUCGUGCUCCUCCGACGUGCGCUCCACGCUGGCCGAGUACUUUGCGCCCCUAGACGGUCUCGUCAAGUCCUUUGACGACUACCUCUUGGCCCUCUGCAAAAACACAAUGGACCUCGUCAGGGAGGGUAGGGGCACCGUCGUGGUCAAGGUCAUCAAGAUCAUCGAAAAGGAGAGCCGCGAGGAUGAGCGGGCUGCAGCAAUUCGGCUGGCGAAAAAGGCCAAUCUCGAAGGGGCCGCGCGCUUCCAGAGCGUCGUGGCCAACGCCAGAAUCAUCAAGCUCUACCGGCCCAAGCUCGUCGAGGCCAUGGACGAGGCCACUGCCGAGCUCUUCAACGAGUGCUGGCAGCGAUUCGGCAGCGCAGGCGACCACAUGGACUUCCUCGGCCAUCUCGACUGGAUCUACAAGGACCUUGCCUUUGUCCAAGAAGAGAUCGUUGGCCUUUUCCCGCCGGAUUACAACAUUCUUCGCACCUUCGUGCGGUCUUACCACAAGCAUCUCGGCGCGCUUCUACGUGAAAAGAUAUUGGCGACGGAUCCCGAGGCAAGCGCUCUCCUGACCCUCUACCAAUUUACCCAAGAGUACCAAAAGACAAUGACGAAGGAGCUCGGCGUAGAAAAGGCCUGGCUAGAGCCUAGCCUGCUGGCGGGCCGCGAGCAGAGCAUCAUCGACGACUAUCUCGGCCUCAUCACUCGCAAGAUUGAUGAGUGGACGGCGAACCUCAUGGCAGACGAAGUGCGGGCGUUUGUGGCCAGAGAGAGUGCUCCAGACGAGAGCGCAGAAGGCCUGUACGGCCUGCAGUAUGCCGCCAUCCUCUUCCAGAUGGUCAACCAGCAGGUCGAGCUCGCUGCCGACUCUGGACAGGCCGCCGUUCUCGUUCGUGCCACGUCGCAUGCGUGCCAGGCCAUGCGCUCUACGCAGGCCACCUGGCUGCGCGUCCUCGAGCAGGAGUUUAGGAAGCAGCGCGAGGCCAAAUCGCCCGAGGAAGUCACCGAGGGCCUUGUCGAAUAUGUGAUCGCGCUGGCAAAUGACCAGCUCAAGAGCGCAGAAUAUGGCGAGGGCCUAAUGUCUAAGGUCGAGAGCCUCGUCUCGGCAAAGUACAAGGCGCAAAUUCGCGAGACCGUCGACGAAGCCAUCAAUGGUUACCUCGACGUGAGCAAGCGCUGCACUCAGGUCCUUGUCGAUCUCGUCUUCUUUGACCUGCGUCCGGCGGUCAAGGAGCUCUUUGUCUUCCCGCAGUGGUACGCAGAAGGAACGACGACGACGAUCGUCGAGACGAUUCGCGACUACACGUCCGACUACUCUGAGCGGCUCAACCCGAACCUGUUUGAUGUCCUCUGUGACGAUGUCAUUGACCGCUUCCUCACGGCCUACCUCGCUGCGAUGCGCAAGGCCGGCAAGCUGAGGAUGCCUGCGGCAGGCGAAAGGCUGAGGGCCGACAUCGACGAGACCGGCGCCAUGUUUUCUGGCUUCAAGACAGCCGAAGAAGUCCAACAGAAGAUGGAGGUGCUUCAUCUCAUCCUGUCUAUGCUGACAUCUUCAUCCACGAUGGUCUUUCUGUCCUACUGGAACUUCGCAAAGGCUCAUGGACCGCAACUCAAUUUCGUCGAGGCCCUCAUGCGGGCGCGCGACGAUCUGGACAAGGCAGACGUGCAGGCGAUCAUGGAAUCGGCGAGGCGAAAGGUCAAGCAGGAAGGCAUGCCGGAGGUCCCACCGGGUGGCAUCACCGUCGUUGGCCGAGUCGAGCAGGCUCAUGCCCAGGGUGGCUUCUUCGGCAUGGGCACAAAGAAGAUGGCUGGCCCUGGUGGCAUGGCGCUUGGUGCGGGCGGCCCUGGCCUGGGUGCCUCUGCCGACGGCUCUGCAGGCGGCGGCUGGAGCGCAUUGGCGGCCAGCGCAAACUUUUUGGGCAGUCAGUGGAGGGGCGCAGCCGACAAGAGCGCCAUUCCCCCCGUGUCGGCCUCGCACUGAUCCCCACGUCGUCCUCGCUUUGGGCCCUUUCAUCUGUAUUUGUACUGUACGAACUAGCCACCUGCAUGAAACUACGGC